GGUUACUCCAAUGCCGUCCAGAAGUUCGCCCAGACUCUGCAAAGUUUCCAGUUUGACUUCAUCGGGGACACACUAACGGACGAUGAACUCAAUAUCGCUGAAUCAUUCAAAGAAUUUGCUGACCUAUUGCAGGAAGUGGAACUAGAAAGGACAAUGAUGCUUCAAAACGCAGACAACAUCCUGAUAAAACCCCUGGAGACUUUCCGCAAGGAUCAAAUUGGACUCACUAAGGAUCGGAAGAAGAAGUUUGACAGGGACAGCGAGCGGUAUUACUCAGUGCUGGAUAAACAUCUGAAUUUGUCAUCCAAGAAGAAGGAGGCCCAGCUCCAAGAGGCCGAUGUUUUGGUGGACAAAGAAAAGCAGAACGUCUAUGAAUCUUCACUGGAGUAUGUCUACCAGAUCCAGGAGGUGCAGGAGAGCAAGAAGUUUAGCAUUGUAGAGCCGGUCCUGGCCUUCUUGCAUUGUCUUUUCACUUCCAACAGCCUCACAUUUGAGUUGACACAGGAUUUCCUACCCUACAAGCAACAGCUGCAGCUGAGCCUUCAAAAUACUCGAAACCACUUCAGUAGUACCCGAGAAGAAAUGGAAGAUUUGAAGAAGAGGAUGACUGAUGCUCCUAUGGUGUGCAAGCUGAAAGGCCAGAGCACAAUCGAAGGAUACUUGUAUUCCCAAGAAAAAAGGAGGGAUAUUAUGUCACUUUGCACAGGGGCCCUCGGCCUUACAUGGGUGAAGUAUUACUGCAAGUAUGAGAAGGAAGGGAAGAGUUUAAGCUUAAUUCCUGUAGAGCAAAAGCCAGGCUCUCGGCAGGUGAGCCAGGAGCUGUCCCUCAAGUCUUGCAUAAGAAGGAAGACGGAUUCCAUUGAUAAGAGGUUUUGUUUUGAUGUAGAGACCAAUGAGAGACAAAGCAUCAUCACUUUUCAGGCCCUUUCCGAAACGAAUCGCCGCCUGUGGAUUGAAGCGAUGGAUGGGAAAGAGCCGAUCUAUCACAGUCCAAUUACAAAACGUGAAGAAAUGGAAUUGAACGAAGUUGGGUUCCGUUUUGUCCGGAAGUGCAUUAAUGCUGUAGAAGCUACAGGAAUGUCUACAGAAGGAGUGUACAGGACAGUGGGAAGCAACAUCCAAGUGCAAAAGCUGCUGAAUGCAUUUUUCGAUCCCAAAUGUCCUGGGAAUAUGGACUUGCAGAGCAGUGACUGCGACAUCAAGACGGUUACUAGCGCAUUAAAGUUCUAUCUCAGGAAUCUGUCGGAGCCUGUUAUGACGUAUAAGCUGCAUCGGGAGCUCGUAUCUGCUGCAAAGUCUGAAAAUCUGGAUUAUCGUCUUGGAGCCAUUCAUUGCCUGGUGUACAGCCUGCCAGACAAUCACCGAGAAAUGCUGGAGCUCAUCAUACGGCACCUCUCAAGAGUGUGCGAGUACAGCAAAGAGAACCUCAUGUCCCCCUCUAAUAUGGGCGUCAUUUUUGGUCCGACUCUGAUGAGGGCACAGGAAGAUACAGUUGCCGCAAUGAUGAACAUUAAAUUCCAAAAUAUUGUGGUGGAACUUCUCAUAGAGCACUGCGACAAAAUAUUCUGUGGCCCACCUGAAGACAGCGCAGCCCCCCCUGUACCUCCUCCUAGGAUCACCCCCAGAACCCACAAGCCUAUCACUAUCUCCAAACGUCCGGUCAGAGGGAGAAACGGUCUUUAUCUUGGCCAGAGUGAAGAAGAUGAUAGCUUUUCUCAGAAUGGAAAUGGUGUGAUCACAAACAGCGAGCACCCACUCCCUGUGCAACGGAAGAAGCCGGGCCCCCGGGUGGACGGACAGAGCCCCUCAGAGCAGCAUUCUGAUGUAAAUGUGGCCAAGAUGGUCUCCAUGAUGCAGGACAGAGGAGCCAAACCCAACGCCAACCAAGUCAAUGGAGAACUACCUUUGUACUCCAUGCCCAACAAAGUAUCUCCUGUGUAUGCCAAGCGGCCUUUUGUCCGUCCCAGAGAAGGUGACUGUGACAAUAUCAGUAAAGUGCGUUCACCAGGAGAGAGGCCAGUGAUCUCCCGCCCACCAGUAAGACCACCGGACCCUCCCAGCAGAGCAGCCUUAAACCCCAAAGCGGACGCCAGCUUGGGUGGAAAGGAAGACAACGCUGAGUCAGUAGUGGCCUCCCGUACCAAGUAUUUUGAGAAGGCUUCCAGACCGAGGGGAAGUCCUCCAUCACCUCCCCAACGAAUUCCAAAUUCAGAGGAGAGCUGA